GACACGAUACAGGCCCUGGUGAACCUGGAAAGAAGUAUCGACCUCUUUUUCUGGACCACUUUGAUAAGAAGGAGGCUGAAGACUAUAAGGAUGAUCAAAUACCAGUAUCUUCAGUAGCAAAUAUUAGUCAUACACCAUCUGUACAGAAUAAUGUGGGAAAUCAAAGGUCGCCCGGAAUCAGCGCCGCCGAGCAGCAGAGGAUGAUGGCCGCCAUUUCGGGAAGUGCGCUGCGACCGCCUCCGCCACCGCCCCCGCAACCGCAGCCGCCUCCACCCCCGCCGCACCCGGCGCUCAUCCCCACCCGAGAAAAUCCGCCUGUUUUCCCCUCCGCAUUUAUUGAGGGCGACUUUGAAUUUCUAAAGUUCUUGAGCUAUGAUGAGCUUCAGAGUCGUAUGUCCAGUUUAGACUCGGAAAUGGAGCGAGAAAUCGAUGAACUGAGAAGGAGAUAUCAGACGAAGAGACAACCAAUUCUCGAUGCAAUGGAUCAAAAACGGAAAAGGCAACAAAACUUUUAGCUGUAUUUUGAAGAUGAACUGUUUCAGAUGGUUAUCCAUGAGAUGUUACCGCCUUCACCGAACACCGUAUCACCUCAGCACAAUCAUCUCUGUUAUUCGCUGUAUAUAAUAAUGAUAAUAGUAUUUUUAAGUGUUACGAUUUAAGACUGGUUAACUCGUGUUAGCUUCUUUAUUUUAAGAACUUGACAGGGACUCUAGAUAAUUUAGUUUCUCAUUUAUUCAAAUGUUUAAGAUCGUAUUGUAUUAGAUCAAGUCAAAAGUCUAGUGAUUCGAGGAUUAUUUUCCUUUCCGCCAUAUUAUUCUUAUGAGGUUCAAAAUUUGUUAGCUUGGUGUGUACUUAUAGGUAAGCUCCAUAGCACGUUUACACUUGUGUCCUGUGAAUUUAUGCCAUUAAAGUAUUUAUGUUUCAAAUAGUUAUUCGAGUAAAUACAUAUUUUGUCACGAUUUAAUUAUUAACAUCAUAAUCAUCAAUCAAGUAAUGACUAGAUUAUAUCCAAAAUACAUAUUUGUCCCUUAUGAGAAUUGUAUAAUUAGAGAUGAUUACCAAUUUAAUUUUUAACUCACAGUAUUUCUUCAAACAAAUUGUCAAAUUUCACUCGUCUUCCUAAUCGGUAGUUACAAUAAGUAUUCUCAUAAUUAACUAUACUAGAGAAUCAACUUUUACUAGACUCAUGAAAAAAUAAUAAACAUUAGUAGCUUAGUUAAAUAUUUGUUUGGUAUUAACUUGAUUUGCAUACAACGAAAAUAUACUUCUUAAGAACUCUUUUUAAGAACAGUUGAACAUUAUAUUCUUAUGACAACGCGUGUGAUCGUUGGUUAAAAUUAGAUUCAUAGCUCGUGCUAUCGUUUAAAUAUUGCGUGUGAUUAAAUACUUCUCAAAAUAAUAAGUUUCAUUUCGUGAAUGUAAUUGUUUUUAAAAAUAAGUGAUUUCUAGUCAGAAAAUGAGCAUUUAAUGCAAGAAAUGUAAAACAAUAAUAUCUACAGAAGUAGAAACUAAUACAAUUAUGUUGUAUUGAUGCUAAAUUUAGUAAUUUAAUCAUUUUUUUCGAUUCUUGACCAUCUAAUACCAAAUCUUAAUAAAGUUAUAUGAAAUAGAGAGUUCUAACAUGCAUUCAAUGAAACCAUUUUAGUUCUAAUAAUUACAUUAAAUAAACAUAUCCACUUGGAAUAAAGUUUUUUCUUGCCUAUGAAUUAAAUAAUUCUUUUGCCAUAUUCAAAUGAUUUUUGAUUACCCCAAAAAAUGAGUGGAAAGUUAUUGAAUAAUUUAAUUGGUUAAGUUAUACGAGUGUAAACGAUUCAAUUGUUAUUGAAACAAAUUUUCAAAAGUUGAAAAUUUAUCUAAGAAAAAAAUGAAACUCCAAUGUGUAAAAUGUACAUAUUAUGCAUUAAAUUAUCAUUUUUAUGUAAAAUAUGAAUUACGAUUAAAAACUAGGUAUUUUUGAUUCGCUAGUACAAUUGCAAUAUGAAUUUCACAGUUGUAAUUUUUUAUAAACUCAAUGUGGAUCAGUUGAUUGAAUAACUUGUAUGUAAUAUUAUGUGCAAUCAAUUUCGGUUAUAUUUUUGUUACUUAAUUUAUUAUGUGUGUAUCGUUAUGGUUUUCAAUUUAUGCACUGUGCAUAGCAUUUCACUAAAUUUUAUCUUACUAUAUGAUUGUGCUUUCUAUAGUGACAACUGUUUUGAUAUUUGAAUUUAUAUAGCGUAGUUUUGUUAUAGAACAUAAUCAAAGCAAUAAUUUUUAUCUAUGAAUCAAAAUGGAAACCUCGAUAAAGUCCACUGUAUUUUUUCGACAAAUCAAAAUAAGUACCGGUAUAGCCUGUACAUACUUCGAGAUUUGUAGAGUUCUUUAUGUAUGCAAAAUUACCUUUAAAAUAAUCACAGGCAAAUAAUCAUUAGCUAUAAUAUUCGUAAUUUUAUACAUUAAAAGAGUAACAUAUAUUGAAUUUAUUAUUAUCAUACCAAUCAAUAGAUUCUGGCUGCUUGCGCGUCGAUAAAAGUAGCUGAAUCAUGUAUACCUCCAAAGUGUAAUAUUUUCAAAUAGGAUAUAUAAGAAUGAAUCAUCAUUGAUAUUUAAAAAUGGAUAAAGCAAGUAUAACAUAUUUUCAACCCUAUAAAUAUAACUAUUUUCACAGUAUGAACUUAAUACUAAUUUAUUAUUUGAACUCAACUUUUGCCUAGUUGUUUUCAUUUUAUAAAUAAAAAUGAAGAGAUAAACUAUUUUAUAAAAUUGUCAACUAUAUUCUCAUUGAUAUA